AGCGAUGAGGACAAGAGUAAACUUAGUGCCAGUCCCAGGGAUAUCAGCCCAUCAACGAGAAGUCCAUCGGUGAGUAGAUUCUACAUGCAGCUCUAUGCUGCCUUUCACCUGACCUUUAUCUCAUGAGCUUUGAACAGGAUCAAUAAAAAUGAAAUCUUACCAGUUGAAGUUGAAACAAAUAAAAAAUAUGAUUUUUUUUUCUUAAUUAAAGAAAGAAUAGCUUAAGACCCAGAUACCUAUUGACGGCUGAUGACAGUACUUCCCACUCUUUAUCAUUAUUAUUUUUUUAACCCAGAAAAGGUGUAACUGGACAGAUAUAUAGAUUUAGAUUAACUUUGCUUGUUAUUGAAUGUUAAUCAAGUGAAUGAAAAGCUCUGAUAAGUUUUGUUUCAUCUAAAAAAAUGUAUUAAUGAAAUAUUUAUAUAUAAUAUAUUUAGUAUUUUUAAGACAUGAUUAUUGAAGGUUAAUAAAUGAAGGACCGCGUUUGUUCAAGCUGUGUAAAGGAAAUAGUAGAACAACGUAUGUGGAAGCUUGAAUGGAAAGACAGGACAAUAAGAACGUUUUGGCUAAGAGCCUUCCUCAGCAGGCUGGGUGAGGGUGGCCGAGCGGUCUAAACUGCCUCAAACCAAAUAGCUGGUGGUCUGGAGUUCAAUCCCCACCAAAGCCAACGUCCCAAGCACCCCUGGUUGGAUGGUACUCGUUAGCCUUGGACGGCAACCCAUCUAAGAGAAGGAAAACUCUGAAUUUAAACCAGAAGCCAGAAUGCUCAACAAAUUGAUCGUGGGCCCCUCAAAUAUAAGAAGAAGAAGGAAACUACAAGAAAUAGAAACUAGUUAUAAAAUACUUAAGUCUUCAUCAUUGUUAUUGCCUGAAGUUGGAUUUUCCAAAAUCAAGAUUGCAGGAAGUAAACGAAUACAUGUAUUAUAACUAUGAAAAAUACCAUCUUAAUGGACAAAGAUGUUUUGGAGAUUUAUAAAAUAUAAGAAAUGAGAAAGGAAAUACAUGGAGAUUGAGGAUCAAUAGCAGGAGAGUAUUUGAUUAAUUUCAAGGGGAUGAUUUUGCACCGAAAAGCUGAAUUAAUUUGUUUUCCCUUCUAACUCUCACCACAGAGAGUUCUUAUCUUAUUGUCAUGUCUUUUGAUCCAAGUUUCCUCGUACCAUGUUCUACUAUUUCCUUCAUGAUUUAUUAAAAGAUUAAGUUCCCACUCUUUAACAUGGAAAAUUAUUUCAUCAAAUUUUUAUUUUCAACAGGACCAACCCAAGAAACCUCCAAGGAAGAAACCUUUAAGUUUUCGCAGAACCGAGCAAGGCCAGCCUGCUUCGGCAGAUGCUGCCUCGUCAGCAAGCAACUAUGUUAACUUUGACCCGGAAGUAGAAAAAGCUCUUAUUGAUGCUAAAAUGUCCAUAGAAUCAGAAUCA